AUGGGACUCUGCCUCCCAUUGGCCUUCCUCGGCAUUGUGGCCUUGGUUUUCGCCGCCUUUGACCCAACAUCGAAGAACAAUGUCGUGGUCUACUACGGACAAGGUCCGAACCAGGGUGACCUGAUCAACCAUUGCCAGCAGCCCGAAGUCGACGUUAUCGUCCUCUCCUUCGUGCAUCUCUUCCCAGCUCAGGCGAACGGCUACCCCGGCACGAACUUUGGAAAUCGAUGCGGCGGUCAGGUGUAUCCGGGCCCCGGAUUCAAUGGCGUCAACGACCCGUCAAGGAACCAGCUGCAGUCCCACUGCCCGAGUCUGAAUGCCCAGAUUCCCGUGUGUCAGCAGCAGUACGGCAAGAAGAUCCUCCUGUCCCUCGGAGGGGGUGUCACGGCCUACCAACUCACAGGCCAAAACGAAGGCGAGCUGUUGGCGACGUAUCUGUGGAAGAUGUUUGGUCCCAGAGACCCCAGCUGGACCGGGCCCCGCCCUUUCGAUAACAACGGGCAGGCUGUUGAAGUUGACGGGUUUGACAUGGACAUUGAGCAUCCGUCAACAGACAACUCUGUUGGCUACAUUGCUCUUGUCACUCUGCUGAGAACCUUCUAUGCUUCGGCAUCGAAGCAAUACUACCUGACGGGCGCUCCCCAAUGCGUGGUCCCAGACGCCAGCAUGGCAGCCAUGAUCUCUGCCGCUAAGUUCGACAUGAUCUUUGUCCAGUUCUACAACACCCCGAGCUGCUCAGCAGCCACUUGGACCUCGAGCAACCCGUCAUAUGUUCCUGGACAAGCGUUUCAAGCGGCCGGUUUCACUUAUGAUGCCUGGGUUCAGUGGCUGUCCAACACACCUAGCCGAGAUGCGAAGGUGUUCAUUACCUUGCCUGGCUCCCCUGACGCAGCCAACCCGGGAAAUUACAUCAACCAUGAGCAAGCCAGAAAUCUCAUCAGCGCCUACUACUGCCGGCCAUCGUUCGGCGGCGUUGCUGUUUGGGAAGCGACCCGAGGGGCCAGUAACCCGUACAACGGCAAAUCUUUCCAGGCAACCAUGAAGGUGUGGCUGCAAGGAGCCGCAGCAGAUGCGCGGCUCUUGAGCUGCCAAGCCCCGACGACACCGGCACCGUCAUCUGUACCGCCGACCCAACCAACAACUCCGCCGAAUCCCAAUCCCAAUCCCAAUCCCAACCCUGGCCAGCCUGGUGCAUGUGGAGCGGGCGUGGGAUCCUGCGGCAGUGGGUUUUGCUGCAGCGAAUACGGCUAUUGCGGGACAACGAGUGCAUACUGCGGCACUGGAUGUCAGCCCGGUUUCGGCACAUGCAGCGCCGGAGGCGGAGGUGGAGACCCGGGACUUCCGGUCUCAACGGAUGGAUCAUGUGGUGCUGGGAAAGCCACUUGCCGAGGCAAUGGCAACCAUCAAUGCUGUAGCAAGUACGGGUUCUGCGGAAACUCCGAUUUGUACUGCGGUGCCGGUUGCCAGCCUGGCUUUGGUAUAUGUAGCUGA